AUUAAAAGUGAAAUUACAGCUGUUACUAAAAAUGGUGUAAAAAUAAAUGAUAAUUCAGGUGAUGGCAAUUAUAACAAGCAAUUUAUUGAGAUGUCAGCCAUAGGUUCGGGCGGUUUUGGGACUGUAUUUAAAGUAAAGCAUAGAUUGGAUGAUAAGAUAUAUGCCGUUAAGAAACUCCAAUUUGGGGAUUUGACAGUUGAUAAAAAACAAAAAGUUGCAAAAGAAGUGAAAAGUUUGGCAAAACUGGACUCAAAUUUUGUGGUCAAAUAUUACGACUCAUGGCUUGAGUCCAAUCAUCUCUACAUUCAGAUGGAGUUUUGUCCUCAAAGUCUUAAAUUACUUCUCAGAGACAAAACCAUUGUCUUCGGGAGACAACCGGAAGACGAGAUGAAUGUCUUCGAGUAUUUCAUUUCAUGUGAAAUAUUCAAAGAGAUCUUAGAGUGCGUCCAAUAUCUCCAUGAAUUAGAUCCACCGGUCAUUCAUCGGGAUCUCAAACCCGACAAUAUAUUAAUUAAUCCCAAGUGUAGGUCUAAUCGGUUUGUAAAACUGUGUGACUUUGGUUUGGCCACCGAUCACGACAUCGACGGACAAAUUGCCAGCCGAUACGAGCACUCAGUUGUGGGCACAACACGAUAUAUCGCACCCGAAGUAUAUUCCCGUAAAUAUAGCCAUAAAUCAGACAUUUAUAGCCUUCAUAUAAUCGGUGAACAGUUGUUUGGUGUCGAUCUCCAGACCUCGGAAUCAUUUGAUGCUAAACAAUCACCGGUCAGUACAUCCAUACUAUGUCUAUACCAGACAUUAGUGGCAAUGAUGUCAACACCCAAUUGGAAGCAAAGGCCUGAGUGUCGGGAAGUGUUGGCCAAACAUAACGAGUGACGAGAUGACAGAUCGGCGCCCGAAUCGCGCACUAAAUGUAUGGUUGAAGUGAUGGCACGGAUGGAGAGGAAAGAGUGCGAACACAACCACUACUGGAGUUACCAUUUGGUGACUAAUACUAGUCGUUACACUUUAAGGGCUAAAACCGGAACCAAUUGUAUCGUUAGACCCGACUAUCGGCGUUUACACCGCGAGUGUCCCAUAGAUUGUCGCACACAUAUCCAAUUUGUGUCCAUUUUGUCGGCCAAUCGGUUGGACGCGUUUCGCCGUCACGUCUAUGACUAUAACCGGUCUCUCAUCGAGUUUUACGUGGAGUUCACAUCCGGACAACGGGUUGACUGUCCGGCGCCUAUAGUGUCUCUCCAUUUAUAUUAUGUACCGAAUCGGCAAUUAUUGAGUGUAGAAGUGAUAAACAGAUUUUCCGUGAGUCAGGACCGAGAGUUCCGGCGCCAGAUCUUAACCGUAGUUAACACAACCGGUGGUCCGGUAUUAAUGAAACGAUUGGCCAUUAAAUACCGCAACGAUAACGUAUGGGCUAUAAAAGCAUACCUGAGCGGAUCGGAAGCAUUCAGAGUUAUGACAGUACCGGUUGGCGCCGACACUCACAUCAUAAUAUGA